GUUGUCUCCUUACUUCUACACAGGACCAAGCCGAUACUGGUCAAGCGUAGGCGAAGCCAUGCUGACCCUCUUCAUGGCCAUCUCGGGUGGAAUUGAUUGGGACGAUGGCUUGACACCACUUCGGGACAUUCCCAUUGCAAUGGUGGCCCUGAAUCUUUACAUCAUCAUAACAGUGUUCACGGUCGUCAACGUCGUGACCGGUGUCUUUUGCAACACAGCAAUCGAAAGUGCCGCAGCAGACAAAGACAUCGCUGUGAUGAAGCAGAUGCGUAAGCAAGCAGCGCAGGUCCAAGUUCUCAGGCACGUGUUCCAGGAAAUAAACAGCCACCGCACGGAUACCAUCAGCAUGCAGGAUCUCCAGGACGCAAUGGGUGCCGACAAGCUUUCCAGUUUCUUCGAAUCCAUGGGCAUCUCUACAGCCGACGUUUGGACUCUCUUCAAGGUGAUCGAUACAGAUGGAAGUGGCGCAAUCGACAUGGAGGAGUUCGUCUCUGGUUGUAUGAGGCUUCACGGCCCAGCGAAAAGCUUGGACAUUGCCAAGAUGGAGUUCGAAGCCGAAGUGACUCGUGACUCCAUCGCCAGCUUGGACAGGGCUGUGAGCGACAUGCAGGAGUUGUUGCUGACCGUCCUGACCAAACAGGAUGGCGCUGAGAUUGCGCAGAAUGCCCAGAAAAACAAGCCGCGAAAAAGUGCAGGAAUAGCUGGAAAGCGCUACAUCCUUAGCUUGACCUUGAGCGAUUUGGAGUCGGCAAAAACUUCCAGCCGGGUAGGCGAAGCCCUCCGUGCCGCCUCCACCGGCGAGCUCAAGCUAGCAAAGAAGGCUGAAGCCAUCAUUGGAUUCCUCAACGCCCGCAGCGAGGAAGUAAAUUGUGUUUGGGCCAGGCUUGCGAGUGUAAGCCGUUCGAGCGGGCGUAGCAUCAGCUCCCUCGGCCAUUUCUGGAAGCUGGCAGACGACGAAGUAGGCCCAGCAUGCGGCUGGGGAAGUGCAGCUUUUGCAGCAAAGGCCGGUGAAAGCUCCGAGGCGAAGGCGGUGUCGGUGCCCAUCCAGACCUCUCCCUUCGUUUUCGAGCGUCUCGCGGCUUCUUCGAAGCAGAUCUUCGAGCUUUCCGGGGCGCAAGGAGCUGCAGCUGUCGCCACUGCGGCAGCCGCCAAGGCCUCGCUUGCGGAGCUCUUCGCAGCAGCCUAUGAAGCAGAGCGCCCCUCCGACCUGGCGCGGCUGAAGCGAUCCGGAAUGUCGCAUCUGCUUCAAUGGCUCUUUGACCUGAGCUUCCUUCGCAUCGCCCUCUCUGCAGCCGCAGCACCUGGCGCCGGUGCCUACGAGUCACUUCGGGAGCUGCUAACCAAGGUGGAAUCCGUGACAUUCUCUGAUCCGGUGGACCGCUUGUUGUACCAGGACGUUCUGAAAGCUUCGGUGAGCAACCAUGUCCAGGGCACCAAGGUGUUACUUGCACCUUUCUUUCUCCACAAUCCGCUCCACGGGUAUCUCUCCCAGAGUGCCUCUGGAACGGUGCGCUCUAACAGCAAACCGGCGCUUGGCAACGAGAACGAAGGCUUCGAGCUGCAGACGACAUUCGCCGCCCCGCUGCGGCCUGUUCUUCCACGCUUUCCGCUGCUUCCAGUGGCCAUGAAUGUCAGCGCGACAUCCGAUCUGGAGAGGCUGCGCCUGGAUCCCCCAGCGCGAAAGGCUGAGCCGAAGGCUGCAUCCUCGUUGAUGCAGCAGGCAGGUGGCCUGGUCGGCAGCGGCCUGGGCACACUGAAAUUUGGGGCGGCCCUUUUCACAGGGAAGCCGGGUGUGCCGGGCAAGAACUCUGAGGAGAGUUAUCCCACAGAGCAGCAAAUGCUGCUCUGGCUUGGCCUGACGCAGUUUCCAUUUGUCAGUGAUGUAAGGUUGCAAGCAUCCAGCAUCAUGCUCAGCGAUGCCCAUCGUGUGGCAUCCGUGGCCUUGGGAGCCUCAAACGGCUUGCAAGAUGCAGGCCAUUUGGGGCCGACGCGCUGGCGCGUUGCCCAGCUUUCCUGGGGCCGCUAUGUGCGCUACGUGCCGAUCCAUCCGUCGAAGGGCCGAACGUCCAAGCCCGUGCUGCGAAUUGCCGAGUGGUCCCGAGGUUCUCGGCGACCAUGGAGGAUCCAAAGUCGAUCUUCCACAAGCGACCGCAAAGGCUCGCCUUUGCCUUUUGACUGCAAAAGCGCCAUGCGGGAACCGCUACUGAUCGUUUUAUCUGUUACUUCACCGUACCCGGACUCACCUGCCAAAAGGCAGAUGCUCAAGGACCUGUGGUCGUGUGCCACCUUGCUGACGGCGCUUGGCCCCUCUCGGGCCACAGCAGAGGUGCGGCGGCAGAUUGCGCAGCAAAAAUGGAAGUGGACAGAGCUUGCCCGGUUUGAAGGACGACAGGCAACCUGGUCUCGCAGUGAUGUGCCGGUCACUGGCUGGUCUCUGCUUUGGCGAAGUGAGGAGCCGACGCUACGCGGGCCGGAGCUGUACUGCCAAUACCAGGACCACUUGCAGCCUGCCUUGACACUCCAUUUCCUGCAGUCUCCUUGCGAAAAGUGCUGCGUGGGCUCUGCGAAAGCCGCUAAAGAGGUCACAACAGGCCGAGCCGGAGAAGAAAUCAAACUCGAGGAGGGCACGUGGCGAUGCGGACAGGAGAAUCCUGCGUGCAUAGCAGACUUUCGCAGGCUACUGUCCUGCCAAAAAGUCCGAGAGGAGGACAUGGGCAGCGUGGAUUGGCUCAGCCUGCGCGAACAAAUGCGGAGGGCCCUGGUGUAUGCGCGAGAAGGUCUUGUUGAAGGCUUUCGUGAUGGCUUGCAUGGGCAGCUGCACAAGAUCGCCUUCGAAGCCCAGUUUGGGGACUUCAUGCUCUUGGACAUGGGGAGGAAGGAUUGGGUUCGAAGAUUUCGCGAUCUUUACUCGCUACAUCUCACCGACAGCAAGAAGGCACCCAGCUGCCUGCUUGGACAAGUCAGUCUUCAGCUUUUCCUGCUGUUUUUCACCGACGGCCGGAGCCAUGCAAUGUGGUUUCAG